UUUCCUACUAAAAAAAUCAUAACUUUAGGGACCAAGUUGUAAUUUACCCUUGACACUUUAUAGUGACGAAUUGGUAGCGUGCAAGUACAAUGAACAAAGUUUAGGCGGACUGAAGAAGGAAAGAUGUUGUCAACGCUUUCGUCCCCUCGCACUGGAAUCAAUAAUUUAAGCUUCUCACCGAACACUGUUCUCUCUUCUAGCUAUGUGCCUAGCAAACAACUCCAUUGUUGCCCUUGUGCUAAAUCUUUCUGUAAACUUCAAGUUCAGUCACAUCCACCUAAUCAAUCCAAAUGGAUCCCAUCGCUUAGCCCAGUUAGCAGACUCAAAAGACCAACCUUUUCUAUUCGUUGUGGCAUUUCAUCAGACAACUUUAAAGCCAGUAAUGGGAAGAGUUUUAGGGAGUGGAUUGAAGUGGUUGGCGAGGCAAUAUCUACAGCAUUUCCUAUAUGGGUGUCGUUGGGUUGCCUGUUGGCUCUCGUAAAGCCCAGUUCUUUCAAUUGGGUCACCCCAAAAUGGACCAUUUUUGGGAUUUCUCUUACCAUGCUUGGCAUGGGUAUGACACUUACCUUCGAUGAUCUUAGGGUCGCUUUCGCUAUGCCUAAAGAGCUUCUCUCUGGUUUCGUGCUUCAGUACUCGGUGAUGCCAAUAUCUGGGUUUCUGGUGAGCAAGCUCUUAAAUCUGCCAUCACAUUAUGCAGCUGGUCUAAUAUUGGUUGGUUGCUGCCCUGGUGGAACAGCAAGCAACAUAGUGACUUACAUUGCACGCGGAAAUGUGGCACUUUCAGUAUUGAUGACCGCAGCAAGCACUUUAGCAGCUGUGAUUAUGACCCCAUUUCUUACAGCCAAACUGGCUAGACAAUAUGUUGCAGUAGAUGCAGCUGCGCUGCUAGUAUCAACCAUGCAGGUUGUGCUUCUUCCUGUGCUGGCUGGUGCAUUUCUAAAUCAAUAUUUCCAGGGCCUGGUUAAAUUUGUAUCACCGCUGAUGCCACCUAUUGCUGUGGGAACUGUUGCUGUUCUAUGCGGAAAUGCAAUAGCCCAGAGUGCUUCAGCAAUCCUGAUGUCUGGUAAACAAGUCGUGCUUGCUGCAUCUCUACUUCAUGCUUCUGGUUUUUUCUUUGGAUAUGUGCUUGCAAGAUUGCUGGGAGUUGAUGUGGCAUCAUCACGGACCAUCUCCAUUGAGGUUGGGAUGCAGGUAGACUAUUAUUUUAGUUGGUUUCCUCAGCAAUUACUAGACAUUAUGUGAUUAUGGAUCAUGACUAAUCAUGAUAGCAUAUUUGGAAGUCAAUCAGUCUGGUGCAGAAUCUCAUGUGUGCGUUGGAGAUGCAAGGAAUAUUGGGACAAUGAUGUAGGCAUAAUUAUUAGUCAUGAUGACUAGGUCAAGUUGUGAAUCAUAAUCGUGAACAAGCUGGAAACGUCUCCAUGCAAGUCUCUCAAGCUUGGUCACAAUUAUGAUUCAUGACUUGGCCAAAUGUGACAAAUAAUCGUGACUACAUCAUUGUCCCAAAUUGAUUGCUUCCUUAGAUCUAUAAUGUAGGAUUGCCUAUAUGGUACAACAAGACAAUAAGAGAUGGACAACUGUAUAAAUAUAGCGUAGUAAUGGAUAAAUGAACGUAAAAAUAUCAUAACUAACUAGCAAUUUUUUUUUCUCAAGAAAAGUAACUAUUUUUGUAUAGUUGUCUAUGUCCUAUUGGCUUGUUGUGCCAUGUAUACAAUCUUACAUGUUACAACCGCUUUACUGUAUAAUUUUUUUCUCGGCAAUUAUGAGUUGCAACUUAGUCAAGUUGUGAUUCAGCUUGGUGGCUGUCGGACGCAUCAGCUCCAACUCUCUAGUUUGACCUCAUGACUUGGAGCUGAACUUUUCCAACUUAAUAAAAUUUAUCCUAUUGAGGAAAUAAAACUGUCCUCAACUAUGGAAAUUUUAUCUC